GAGUUAGAGAAACUCAAAAGCAGUCUGGACAAGCAGAAGGUGCCAGCCAGGGCUCAGGCAGAGCUUCGAGUGCCAGCCUCCGAGGGUGCUCUCCAGUUGCAGGUCAGAGGGCCGAGGAGCCUGGAGCAGGACCAUGUGGCUGCCCUCAGCUCUACUUCUUCUCAGCCUCGCAGGCUGUUUCUCCAUCCAAGGCCCAAAGAUGGUGAGAGGCCAGGAGGGGAGCUCAGUGACGGUGCAGUGUCGCUAUGAGCCCGGCUGGGAGACCAACAAGAAGUGGUGGUGCCGAGGAGCUUACCGGCGUUCCUGCCGGAUCCUCCUUCAGACCACGGGAUCCCAGCAAACAGUGCGGAAAGACCGGGUGGCCAUCACAGACAAUCAGAAUGACCGCGUGAUCACGAUAACCAUGAAGGACCUCCGGCAAGAUGACCAAGACACCUACUGGUGCGGGAUUAACAGGAUUGGAACUGACCGUGGGGCGCCGAUUACAGUGACCAUCGGCCCAGAAAAUCUGCUCUCCGGGACAACGGCCAACACAUACCCAGGGGUGUCCUCCAGCUCCCACAGGCGGAACCACUACAUGCUCCUGGUGUUCGUGAAGGUGCCCAUCCUACUCGCCUUGGUUGGCGCUAUCCUCUGGUUGAAGUGGUCUCCGAGGGUCCCCAUGCAGCCUGCCUACAUGGACUUGUCCUUUGACCUGACUGAAGACACAGCGCCUUAGGCAGGUGGAUGAGAGACACUUUCUGCCCUAGACCGAAUUUCCAGGGAGACACAGACGGAGGAAUACUCCGGAGACCCCUGGAUUCCCUGCUCUGCACGGCUCAGGGACAUAGCUCGGACCCCUCCUGAAGCGUCCUCGUGGCCUGGAGGGACAGCACCUUGUUCCCACUCCGGGGAGAAAGCAGCCCACCCCACCCCACCAGGGCUCGGGGCCUGUGGUCGGGAGCUGUUGGGACGGAGCCCAAGUUCGAACAGUUGUGUCCUCACUACUGGGGGACCUCGGCACAGCGCUGGGGACCAAAGCACAGACAGAAGCAGCAGGAAGGCGAGAGGAGAGACAGACGGCCAGGCCCUGGUCCCUGUCGUUCCUGAGACCAGUUCCACACCCUCUAUGCCUGGGCUUCUGCUCUAUGCAUACGUUUUUAAAUGUUUUUUCUUCUUUAGCUAAUCUAGUUGGGUUUUGAUGGUUCUUGCUAGUGAGAACACCGACACACACACACACACACGCACACACACGGAGGGUGAUUUUGUGGCGAGUCCCUGGUUCUGGGGCCUGAGAGACGGAUGUCCCCUCUGCCCCGGGAGGACACUGCUCUGAGUACACGGGGCUGAGGAGGGAUGGGGAGCCUCGCUGGGGGGUGCGAUGCUGGCCUUCCUCCUCCUCACCCUGCUCCCAAGCCCCUGUUCCCCCCCACGCACAUCUCAGGGGCUGGGGCCAUGAUUUGGGGGUCUCGCCUGUGCUUCCCCACUCAGCACCGCGGCUCAGUCUCCCGGGGGGCUGCUGGGCCUCAGGAACUGCCUCAAGGCCAGGGAGGAGGGUCAUAAAACAGGAAAAUGGUGUUGUUUCUUGUAAGUAACGUUCAAAUAAGGUUCAUUAAACUGUCGGAGGAAAACACACCCUUGGACUCGGUCACUUUGUGCCACACGGGUCCGUGGGUCCUCCCACCAAAGGGAGCGUCCCAUUUGCAAGGGGCCCCCCAAGGCAAACAUCCACGGAGGCGCCCUUUGGGAAUCUGUCCCUUCGGCUUUUUCUGUGCCCGGCUGUGUUGAGGUGUCAUCGACAC